GUGUGUACCCUCGCCUGUGUCUGCCUGUGUGUGUCCUCCAUUAGGGCAGGAAAGCCAACUGGGCGAGCAUGUAUCCUAAAGGGAUAGGUGGAAGCCUGUAGUUGUGAUCUCUUUGGAGGAGGCAUCUCUCAUCCCUUCUGGCAGGCGCCUCGGUGAACUUGUGCCCAGAGCAGCCUCUCACCCUCAUCUGAAGAUAGUGGAGUGGUGGUCGAACCUUCGGGGCAGCGGAGGCAUUAAUUCUGAUGGCUUUUGUCCUGGCCGUAAGCAGUGGUGUUGGAAUUUUGUGACACUCAAAGGUGUGGGAGCCCUCCUGGGGGCUCCUCCAGAUAAUUUUUUCCUGGGAGAGAGUCUUUUGUGAUCUCAGCCCCCAGCCUGCCUCUGCUGCAUAUUUCUGUAUGUGCAGUAAAUCCCACCCAGUUACAUUCGUCCUCCCAUACUAGCAGGAGCCAGAAUUCAGCCCUCAAAAUCCCAGAAGUGCCUUGGAUUUCCAACAAGUUCCAAGCAUAAUGACAUUAGGAAGUCACAGUGCCUAACCUAAGGUCCCCAUGGAUGGAGCUGCUGUCCUGAAAGAAGCCGAGGUGGGAUAGGAAACAGCUAAGGUCACUGAGAUACGGGGACCAGCCCUGCCCUAGGUUUCUCUGUGCUGUUGUGAUAGGAAAACCAGUGGGGCAAACACAACAGGGAAGUCUGAAGAUACGGGAGGUUCUUGCCUCCUGGAUGGCCGGGAAUCUUUUUGCCAAGCCCAGGAGCCAAGGAUCCACUCUUCAGGAUCACAAAUGUACCAUGCACAGCUCCCCCCCCCUUUCCUGCUGUCCACCUUGCUCUGAGACCCCCCCACAGCUGACAUAUACUCUAUAUAAGUACAUUCCAUUACAGCCAGCUUUAGCAGAAAUAGGAGAUGGGACCCAAAAUCUAUUUGUAGGCUCUGAAAAAAAUUUACUAGAAAAGGGAGGGUUCUUUAGAAGAAUCUCUCCUCACCCACCGCAGCCAACUUCUCAAAGAGCAAAAGAUGAGAGAUGAAGAAACUAGAGGUGAGGGUCCUGCAUCAUGAGAGCAGCAACUGGGGGCCUUCACCUGCCUUCCUCUCCAAAGAGGUGCAUGAAGUGGGUGGAUUAGAACUUAGCCCCAGAGCAGGGCUGUCCCAGGUGCAGUAAGAGGUACCCACACCCAGCCAUCCCUAACCAGGCUGCAUGCAGGCAGAGGGGCAGCACACACAGGGCAUCUGUGCACACACACCUGCGGGCACAUAGACCGCCCGUGCUCCUGCAAGAACAUGCAAGCACAUGCAUGCACACAUGAGCACACGUUGCUGAGUACAACCCCUAAGAGGCGCACACGCCUCCGCGCAGUGCCUCCCGGAGAUGCGCUCUCAGUAGCGGUGUUUCUAGCCAAAGGUUGUGGCGAGGGUAUCCCGGCCAAGGCAACUUGGGCAAACCCUGGGGGCGGCACCCGCUGCACAUUCUGGUCAACCUCCCCUUAAGAAAGAAAAAAAAAAAACCCGCCCGCGGAGGAGGCGGAUGUAGGGGCGGCCUGUCCAAUGGCAGCUGCGCGCUUCGGGAGACUUGGAGACUUGAGCCAGAGUGAGCGACAGAGCCCGUUCGCACAGACAGACGGACAGAGGACCAGACAGCCGCUAAGGAGCGCCCACUGUCCUCCGCCGGGCCCCCGCCCCGAACUCCAGCCUCAGCGCCCGCUGCUGCCACAGAUACAGCACGAUGCGCGGUCCUGGCGUCGAGACACGGGCGACCACUGUCCCCCGGUCCCCGAGCCCUGGCUCCUAGCGCCCAGCGCUGCUGCCCUGCAUCAGGGAGGGUCGCGGAGACCCUAGCCUCGGUUGGCGCAGGAGCCCUGCGGGUGGGGCCUGUCCAGCCCAGCCAGGCGCGCCGGCCCAUCAUGCUCCUCCUGUCGCCGCGCAGCGCGCUGGUCUCCGUCUAUUGCCCGCAGAUCUUUCUCCUUCUGUCCAGCGGCAGCUACCUAGCACUGUCGUCCGUGGUGGCCCUGGGAGCCAACAUCAUCUGCAACAAGAUUCCUGGCCUGGCCCCACGGCAGCGUGCCAUCUGCCAGAGCCGACCCGAUGCCAUCAUUGUGAUCGGGGAGGGGGCGCAGAUGGGCAUCAAUGAAUGCCAGCACCAGUUCCGAUUCGGCCGCUGGAACUGCUCCGCCCUGGGCGAGAAGACCGUCUUCGGGCAAGAGCUCCGAGUAGGGAGUCGUGAGGCUGCCUUCACCUACGCCAUCACCGCAGCAGGCGUGGCCCAUGCCGUCACAGCUGCCUGCAGCCAGGGCAACCUGAGCAACUGUGGCUGUGACCGGGAGAAGCAAGGCUACUACAACCAGGCGGAAGGCUGGAAGUGGGGAGGCUGCUCAGCCGACGUGCGCUACGGCAUCGACUUUUCCCGACGCUUCGUAGAUGCUCGCGAGAUUAAAAAGAACGCCAGGCGCCUCAUGAACCUCCACAACAAUGAGGCAGGCCGAAAGGUUCUGGAGGACCGCAUGAAGCUUGAAUGUAAGUGUCACGGUGUGUCGGGCUCGUGCACCACCAAAACCUGCUGGACCACUCUGCCCAAGUUCCGUGAGGUGGGCCACCUACUCAAGGAGAAAUACAACGCAGCCGUGCAGGUGGAGGUGGUGCGCGCCAGCCGCCUGCGCCAGCCCACCUUCCUGCGCAUCAAGCAACUGCGCAGCUACCAGAAGCCUAUGGAGACGGACCUGGUGUACAUCGAGAAGUCGCCCAACUACUGUGAGGAGGACGCGGCCACGGGCAGCGUGGGCACUCAGGGCCGCCUGUGCAACCGCACCUCUCCCGGCGCCGACGGCUGUGACACCAUGUGCUGCGGCCGCGGCUACAACACACACCAGUAUACCAAGGUGUGGCAGUGCAACUGCAAAUUCCACUGGUGUUGCUUUGUCAAGUGCAACACGUGCAGCGAGCGCACUGAGGUCUUCACCUGCAAGUGAGGCCACCGCGCAGGCGCACAAGGCGCCCGCCCAUCCCGCGGCCCUCGCCAUUUUGCACAUCCUUCUUUGCUUCCGGAGCUGCCAGCUGUGGGCACAAGAGGGUAGAAUUGGGGGUAGGGUACUGGGGUACUCCAGGCUCCUUCCUACCUGCUUUGUCCCCUCCAGACGCACAACAGUGCCCUGACCUACCCAGCAUCCAAGGCCAACGCAUCGGUCUGGUACCCAAUGGAGACAAAUUCCUUUACUUCUCUUCGGGAAACUGGACGUCAAAGUGACCACGAGACUCUGAGGAUCACCUCCCUGCCUGGUGGCUGGACAGAGAAAGGCCACACCCACCAGCCACACUCAAAACUGUUUCCUGAGCGGUGUCCUGCUGGCCCCCGGCAGUGUGGAUGGAUGUUGACAAAAUUAUUUAUGUUUUCUUAGCACCAGUUGAGAACUCAGUACUAACGACCGGGUAGCCAGACCUAACCCUAUUGGAGGUUGCCCCACCGGCACCUCCCUUCACUCUCUUCUCCUCGGCCCCUCUCUUGAGGGUUCUCUGCUCCUUGCAGGACCCAUGGUGUCAGGGUUGGCACGGAGGCUGGCUGGUAGGGGAACUCCUUGGCAGCACUCUGGGAGGGGCCUAGCGGGUCUACAAAGGCCUGAGAUGGCCUCAGGACAGUCCAUUCUCCAUUCCAUUUGGAAACUGUCAUGCAAAUCAAAUAUGGCUUGUGUCAGAUUCCAGGCAUGCCUCUUCCUUUUUUCUAGCCUCUCACACAUCCUCCAGUCUGCUGCCAAUCUCCACCUCCAGUUUACAAAUCCCCCUCUACCCUGGAGCCAGCCUGAUCCCCGAGACUGCCCCACAGGAGAGGCCAGGGACGGUUGUCCCGCGUGACAGAUGGACGCAGAGCAAUCUGAAUCUUUUUCUGGAGACCCCAUGGCUCUGUGAAUUACACCCCAACAGCCCCAUCCAGCCCAAACCCUGGAAACAGCCGAGGUGCUGGGAGGCUGCACCCUCUUCCAUUCUGACUCCGAUGCCAGAGAAUCGGCAUCCAGAAUUUAGGGAUGUAUCUGCCAGGCCCCCUGCGCACUGUCCACAGACCCCUGCUUGAGGGUCCUCACGUUAUGAGGACAUGGGGCCCUCAAGCAGGGGUCUGUGGGAAGCUUGAUGUCCUCUCUCCUCAGGAUCUUUCAGACAGGGACAAAAGAGCUCAGACCUGAGCAUCUCCUUCCCUCUCCUCCACAACACAUGGCAGAGGUAAGGGAUUGCCAGGGCCAAUGGCACAACUGCCCACAGCCUUCCCUACACUAAGGUGUUUUCAUAGCAGAAAUCCACGGGAAUGUGGGGUUUGGUGGUCACCAAGCCAGGUGGCCUGGACAUUAGCCUGGAGAAAGUGACCCUUGUUUGCCCUUGCCUUGCAUCCGGCUGUGGGUCCUAUCACGUCAGAAUGUUCCAAGCCUCUGGGCCGCUGGAGAUACCCCACCCUGAUCCUGGUCCCAUCUCCUCACCCUAAGUCCUGGGAUGCCCUAAUCCAUAGCCCAGUGUCCCCUGUGAGGAGCCUGGUUAACUUAUAUUGUUAUAUAGCGUCCCCCGUCUGUCAUGUCUCUUAAGUUAUUGUGACCUACACUGGGUACUGGAGGGGAUGGGGGAUGGCUUUGGCUGCCGUCCCCCAAGCCAGGCUCCUCCUUCUGCUUGAAACAGACCCUCGGGGCCCCUGGUGCCACCGAGGCAAUUCGCACUGUCCCUGGACUGCCAGGCACCUGCGCCUGCACUCGGUCAGCCGCAGACCUUGCCUAGGGGAGAGAGGUGGUUAGUGGACCCAGGCAGGGCACUGGCUGUCCCAAUGCUGUGUGCUGGGGUGGAGGUGGCCGGGCACCACGUGUCCUUGAAGUGCCCUACUUCUGAUGGGCUGUGUUGCUGCCUCCUCUGGAGGGGAGCACUUGGCCCCAAUAAA